AUGUGUGCGUGUGUGUGUGUGAGGGUAUACAUUUUUAUGCAGUGGGUGUUUAAAGAGCUAAGCACUGAAGCUGGAUUUCCACAAACGACCAUCACGAGCACUCCAGGCACACCAAACUUCCUCUCUUGGAUGGAGGAUGAAGCUGUCCUGGACAGAGGGGCUUCCUUCCUUAAGCAUGUGUGUGAUGAAGAAGAAGUAGAAGGCCACCACACCAUCUACAUUGGGGUCCAUGUGCCAAAGAGCUACCGGAGAAGGAGACGUCACAAGAGAAAGACAGGCCACCGAGAAAAGAAGGAAAAGGAGAGAAUCUCUGAGAACUAUUCUGACAAGUCAGAUGUGGAGAAUGCGGAUGAGUCCAGCAGUAGCAUCCUGAAGCCUCUCAUCUCUCCUGCAGCAGAACGCAUCCGAUUCAUCUUGGGCGAGGAGGAUGACAGCCCAGCACCCCCUCAGCUCUUCACGGAACUGGAUGAGCUGCUGGCCGUGGAUGGGCAAGAGAUGGAGUGGAAGGAGACAGCGAGGUGGAUUAAGUUUGAAGAAAAAGUGGAACAGGGUGGAGAGAGAUGGAGCAAACCCCACGUGGCCACCUUGUCCCUUCACAGUUUAUUUGAGCUGAGGACGUGUAUGGAGAAAGGAUCCAUCAUGCUAGACAGGGAAGCUUCUUCUCUCCCGCAGUUGGUGGAGAUGAUUGUUGACCAUCAGAUUGAGACAGGCCUAUUGAAACCUGACCUUAAGGAUAAGGUGACCUAUACUUUGCUCCGGAAGCACCGGCAUCAAACCAAGAAAUCCAACCUUCGAUCCCUGGCUGACAUUGGGAAGACCGUCUCCAGUGCAAGUAGGAUGUUUACCAACCCUGAUAAUGGUAGCCCAGCCAUGACCCACAGGAAUCUGACUUCUUCCAGCCUGAAUGACAUUUCUGAUAAACCAGAGAAGGACCAGCUGAAGAAUAAAUUCAUGAAAAAACUGCCACGUGAUGCAGAAGCUUCCAACGUGCUUGUUGGCGAGGUAGACUUCUUGGAUUCUCCUUUCAUUGCUUUUGUUCGGCUGCAGCAGGCAGUCAUGCUGGGUGCCCUGACUGAGGUCCCUGUGCCCACAAGGUUCUUAUUCAUUCUCUUAGGUCCUAAGGGGAAAGCCAAGUCUUACCAUGAGAUCGGCAGAGCCAUUGCCACCUUGAUGUCUGAUGAGGUGUUCCAUGACAUUGCUUAUAAAGCGAAAGAUAGGCAGGACCUGAUUGCUGGCAUAGAUGAGUUCCUAGAUGAAGUCAUUGUCCUUCCACCUGGGGAAUGGGAUCCAGCAAUCAGGAUAGAGCCUCCUAAGAGUCUUCCAUCGUCUGACAAAAGAAAGAAUAUGUACUCAGGUGGAGAGAAUGUUCAGAUGAAUGGGGACACGCCCCACGAUGGAGGCCAUGGAGGAGGAGGACAUGCAGAUUGCGAGGAAUUGCAGCGCACUGGAAGGUUCUGUGGUGGACUAAUUAAGGACAUAAAGAGGAAAGCACCAUUUUUUGCCAGUGAUUUUUAUGAUGCUUUAAAUAUUCAGGCUCUUUCAGCAAUUCUCUUCAUUUAUCUGGCAACUGUAACUAAUGCUAUCACUUUUGGAGGACUGCUUGGGGAUGCCACUGACAACAUGCAGGGUGUGUUGGAGAGUUUCCUGGGCACCGCUGUCUCUGGAGCCAUCUUUUGCCUCUUUGCUGGUCAACCACUCACUAUUUUGAGCAGCACAGGACCUGUUCUCGUUUUUGAGAGGCUUCUAUUUAAUUUCAGCAAGGACCAUAAUUUUGACUAUUUGGAGUUUCGCCUUUGGAUUGGCCUCUGGUCGGCCUUUCUGUGUCUCAUUUUAGUAGCCACCGAUGCCAGCUUUCUGGUUCAGUACUUCACUCGCUUCACUGAAGAGGGCUUUUCUUCUCUGAUUAGCUUCAUUUUUAUCUACGAUGCUUUCAAGAAGAUGAUCAAGCUAGCUGAUUACUACCCCAUCAACUCCAACUUCAAAGUGGGCUACAAUACUCAAUUUUCCUGUGUUUGUAUGCCGCCUGACCCAGUUAAUAUCUCAGUGUCUAAUGAUACUACAUUAGCUCCUGAAGAUUUGCCAACCGUUUCGUCUUCUGACAUGUACCAUAAUGCUACCUUUGACUGGGCAUUUCUGACGACAAAGGAGUGUUUGAAAUAUGGAGGAAAGCUUGUGGGCAACAACUGUGGUUUUGUUCCCGAUAUCACACUCAUGUCUUUCAUCCUCUUCUUGGGCACUUACACUUCUUCUAUGGCUUUGAAAAAAUUCAAAACCAGUCCUUACUUUCCAACCACGGCAAGAAAGCUCAUCAGUGACUUCGCCAUUAUCUUGUCCAUUCUCAUCUUUUGUGUAAUAGAUGCUCUAGUAGGUGUGGACACUCCAAAACUAAUUGUGCCAAGUGAGUUCAAGCCAACGAGUCCAAACCGAGGCUGGUUUGUUGCACCGUUUGGUGGAAACCCCUGGUGGGUGUACCUUGCAGCUGCCAUACCUGCUUUGCUGGUCACCAUCCUGAUUUUCAUGGACCAGCAAAUCACAGCUGUGAUUGUAAACAGGAAGGAACACAAACUCAAGAAAGGAGCUGGAUAUCACCUGGAUCUCUUUUGGGUGGCCAUCCUCAUGGUGGUGUGCUCCUUCAUGGCCCUUCCGUGGUAUGUGGCUGCUACUGUCAUCUCCAUCGCUCACAUCGACAGUUUGAAGAUGGAGACAGAGACUUCUGCACCUGGAGAACAGCCCAAGUUCCUAGGAGUGAGGGAACAGAGAGUCACUGGAACCCUUGUGUUUAUUCUGACUGGUCUGUCAGUCUUUAUGGCUCCCAUCUUGAAGUUUAUUCCCAUGCCUGUACUCUAUGGUGUGUUCCUGUAUAUGGGAGUAGCAUCUCUUAAUGGUGUGCAGUUCAUGGAUCGUCUGAAGCUGCUCCUGAUGCCUCUGAAGCAUCAGCCUGACUUUAUCUACCUGCGUCACGUCCCGCUGCGGCGAGUGCACUUGUUCACUUUCCUGCAGGUGCUCUGUCUAGCCUUGCUCUGGAUCCUCAAGUCCACCGUGGCUGCUAUCAUUUUUCCAGUCAUGAUCUUGGCACUUGUAGCUGUCAGAAAAGGCAUGGACUACCUCUUCUCCCAGCACGACCUCAGCUUCCUCGAUGAUGUCAUUCCAGAAAAGGACAAGAAAAAGAAGGAGGAUGAGAAGAAAAAGAAAAAGAAGAAAGGAAGUCUGGACAGUGACAAUGAUGAUUCUGACUGCCCAUACUCAGAAAAAGUUCCAAGUAUUAAAAUUCCAAUGGACAUCAUGGAACAGCAACCUUUCCUAAGUGAUAGCAAACCUUCCGACAGAGAAAGAUCACCAACAUUCCUUGAACGCCAUACAUCAUGCUGAUAAAAUUCCUUUCCUUCAGUCACUCGGUAUGCCAAGUCCUCCUAGAACUCCAGUAAAAGUUGUGCC